GAUGAUCUUCCACAACCCGCAUAUACACCUAUAGGUCCCAUGCAGGAUCAUUUAGCACGAGGGCCUUCUCGUCCAGACCCUCGUCAUAUAUCCCCCUCGCCUCUACACACCAGUUCUUUACCUCAAUCAUUUCUACAUGGGGACUUCUCUCCGUCCUCCAGUCCGCUCUCCCUCCGAUCUAGCACCAACUCGUCCCCUCAGAACCAGAGCAGAUUCACUGUAUCUCGUGUAGCCAAUGCGCCAUUCCCAGUACUUCCGUCCAACACUACCAUGUCUCAAUCGCCAGAUACAAGCGGGACGGAGUCGGAGAUUACUUCGAGGACUGGAAAUAAUAUCCCCAACCCGCCUGGUGCUGCUGAGCCCGAUCCCUCUGCAUCAUCCCCAGUGAGCUCGUUACCUGGAGACCGUCCAAGUCAUCGCAUUAUGCCUCGUACUUCGUCGAUUGACUCUGCAAUAUCCUCUUUAUCUUCGGCGUCUCACAAAUCCUCAUUCGAUGUCAAAGCCCUUAGUCAGGCAGAUAUCAGUCAUCUCAUCAACGCUGCUGGUUCUGCGGAGGCUGUUAUUGUGCAUCUUUUGAAGGAGAAGCAUCAUGCAGCUUCCCAAAACUCUCAGCUUUGGAAGUUGGUUGAUAAGCAGAGAACGCUUAUCCUGGGUCUCAAUAAGGAUCUGGAACGUGCGUUCAAGGAGAAGGAGAAGUACAAAAAGAAAGUUAAAGAGCUACAAGACCUAACACCUCCCCUUUCAACCGUUACAGCUCUAGCCAAUUCUGGUAUCCAGGCCAAACCAGAGCCAGAGACAGAGCGAAAAGACGAAAGACCUCCGAUUGAUCAGCCGUCAAUAGUACCACCUUCUACGAGCGCUCGAAUACUGAUUGAAGAUGGCGCAGGUCUCAGCCCGUCCAGUGAUAUACCUUCUCCAACUGAGAGCGACGGGAAGCUUCCACAUCCAAGUCGCAAGCCACCCCCUGCUCCUUUGAACUUACGGUUAGACGAUAAUACCUGUGAAGAACCCACAUACCUCGACUCGGAAUCUGAUUACGGCGAUGCGGACAUACCAAGUACGGAUCGCGACGACCGCGGAAGAAGAAAGACUCGAGAAGAGGAUGACCGAGACCGUGAGGCUGCUCAGACGAAAGAUGUUGAAAAUAAGGGCUCAGUGGGUACUGCCAGAAUUGGAUCUUUUACAUCUGUGGAUCCAGAGAUGGCCCCCCGCAAUUUGGCUACGAGAUCACCACCAAACGUUGGUGGUUCUGGGACUAUAGGAUCGGUUCUGAAUUCUAACCCAAAACUCACCACUUUGAAUGUCCGGCCUUACGCCUCCAUGCCUAAGAGUCCCGGGUUACCAAUGAGUCCAAGGCCAGAAGAUCGACCCCUUGGCUCUCCUUUACCUCGCAUGCCCAGAGAUUUGAAUGCCAUGGCAGCUUCGUCAACGGGACAAGCAUACAAUACUCCUGGCCUUCCUCUCUCUCCCCGAGCCGGUAACUACCCAGCACAGUUUCCUCGUGGGAACCAUCUUCCGACCAUGGACCCUACCGUUAAGAUAGAUAAAAGUCCCAGAUCUCCAUGGUUCCCCGAGCUGAGUAUCUCUAAGCGAUUGGUAUCAGAUGAAUAUCCAGGUCUACUAUUGCCACCGAACGCUCUUCCUGUGAUUCAAGUGAGAGUUUCUUCUUCACGACUUAGACCAUCGAGAAAUAGCUAUAUGGUAUCCAAACCCCUCGACGAGGAACCUGUUUUUACACUCAGUGUCAUCUCUCGAUCUGAGAUGUCAGAACUUUGGCGUGUCGAAAAAGUCAUCGCCUCCCUACCAUAUUUAGAUCAGCAGGUUCGCCAACUAGCGUCUCUUUCCGUGAGACUCCCUGAUCGCAGCAUUUUCAGUGGACAUUCCCCUGCUAAAAUUGAUGCACGCCGGGCUGCAUUGAAUACAUACUUUGACAGUCUUCUGAACACUCGCAUGGAUGAGAAAGCAGCUUUGAUCAUUUGCCAAUUUCUCACAAACGAUGCUAUCGAGCCUCGCGAUGAUGAAACAAGCUUGUUGAAAGGACCCAGUCAUUCUAAGCUUGAUGUAUCUCGAGGACCCGAUGGAAGACCUAGAAAAGAAGGCUAUCUGACUAAGAGAGGUAAGAACUUCGGUGGCUGGAAGGCACGAUACUUUGUUCUCCAGGGCCCUGACCUCAAAUACUUUGAGUCUCCUGGUGGCCCUCAUAUGGGUACUAUCAAGCUUCAUCAUGCCCAGAUCGGCAAGCAAUCCCAUAGUCCCAGCGGCCAGGGCAGCUCUCCACCAGCCACUGAAGAGGAUGCCGAUCAUCAGUAUCGCCAUGCUUUCCUUAUAUUGGAGCCGAAGAAGAAAGACUCUCUGGCCCUCGUUCGACACGUUCUUUGUGCAGAAAGCGAUGAAGAGCGCGACACCUGGGUAGAUGCUUUGAUGGAAUAUGUGGAGAGCCCUUCAUCAGAUAAUGAGAGCCAGGGAAAGCCUCAGGUGAAAAGUAAACAGCAGUCUUCCAGUUCUGGUAGCAAAGCCAAAGCCGUCCCAAGUAGCGGAGGUAAACGACUGCCUAAAGGGGUUGAAAGUCUCGAACAUGAGAUUGGUGGUUCUGUUCAGGGCUUCAGCUUCGACGAUACGAUUGCAGCUGAACCUCCUAUCCUUGGUUCUUCACUUGAUCAGGCCCCUCGAUCUCCUCGGAUACUAGCUCUUUCGACAGACCUUAAAGAUACGAAUCAAUCCUGGAUUGAUCCGGCAUCACAAUCUCCGAAGAUCAUUUCUGCGCCCACAAAUGGGACUGUGAUUCAAGAUUUGCAGGCUUGGGGUAACAAGACUACGACUUCGACAAAGGAAAAGAAACGCAGCAUUUGGGGCUUCCGUACCAGAUCAUCUUUUGACUUGACAGCCCAUGAUUCGGGUAUCAACCCUAUCCACGCUGAACGAAAAGAACCAGUUCGAGCGGUAUUUGGUAUCCCUCUAGCUGAGGCGGUCAAACACUGUGCACCACUAGGUGUCGAUAUAGAAUUACCAGCUGUUGUCUAUCGUUGUAUCGAAUAUCUUCAUGCAAAGGGGGCAGCGGACGAGGAAGGGAUCUUCCGCUUGAGCGGUUCUAACGUUGUGAUCAAGGGAUUAAAAGAACGCUUUAAUAAUGAAGGCGACGUGGAUUUUCUGGCUGGAGAUCAGUACUAUGAUGUUCACGCAGUCGCCUCUCUUUUCAAGCAAUACCUUCGAGAACUCCCGACGACAGUGUUGACUCGAGAGCUUCACUUGGAUUUCCUUCGUGUUCUUGAACUUGACGAUCGGGAGAAGAAGGUCGCUGCCUUUAAUUCCCUAGUCCAUUGCUUGCCACAGCCAAAUCUGUCACUCUUGCGAGCACUUUCACUAUUCCUAAUCGAAAUCGUCAAUAACUCCGACGUAAAUAAAAUGACCGUUCGAAACGUGGGCAUUGUCUUCGCUCCCACUCUGAACAUUCCAGCGCCAGUAUUUUCGAUGUUCCUCACAGACUUCGACAGUAUUUUUGGUGAUACUGGCUCCGCUUCUAGCCCAACGAUUGAGCUCACAGUCGACCAUAGCUUGUCGGCAGAUGAUAUUCGCUCACCACGCCAUCAGAUGUUCUCAGACAUACCGACACCAUCAUACAACCAGUCCUCAUUUCCAUCCAACGGUGUGCCUCCAACCGACCACCAUGAUAAUCCACGGGGCACAAACGACACCGGAUUUAUACCGAUGCAACCAACCUAUGACGCGCCAACACACAGACACGACGUAUAUAACCAACACAAUCAACACAAGGGAGCAUCAUCUUCGUUCGGUUCUUUGAACGGCAUGUUAUCACCUAGCCAAGAAGAUACUCGCUCGGCGAAGGCUAAGAGGCGUGAGAGUUCGAUGCUUUUACUUGAAAGUAUGGUUCAUCCAAAUAUUAAAGCAUUCUUUGGUCGUUGCUAA